AUGAGCGCUUCAGUGCCCGUCCCAGUGAAGAAGCCGAAGUCGUCGAAACCUAAAAUGCCGGCCAGCCACCCGCCGGUAGUCAACAUGAUCACGGCAGCAAUUUUGGCGGUUAAGGAUCGUAAGGGCAGCUCACUCGCUACCAUCAAAAAAUACAUAGCCGCGAAUUACAAGUUCGAUGUUGAAAAGCAGGCAGCCCAUAUUCGCCGUGCUAUAGUACAUGGUGUUGAAAAAGGUGCUUUUAUACGAGUUGGGAAUAAGGGGAAGGGCGCGUCUGGCAGCUUCAAAGUAGCUGAAAAGAAAAUUGUUGAUGCCAAACCCAAAGUUGCUAAACCGAAAACCAAAGCUCCUUCCGCUGUUAAACCAAAAUCAACUCCAAAGAAGCCUAAAGAAAAGAAGGUCACUAAACCGAAAGUCAAGACACCUAAGAAGCCAAAAGCUGCUGUAACAAAGAAGCCAGCAGCUAAAAAGCCAAAGACUCCUAAGAAGACUGUGGCUAAGAAGGUUGCUCCAAAGAAGAAGUAAAGUGGUUUGAUGGUGCCUAUAUAGGUGCUGCUACUACGGAGAACGUGACAACGGCCCUUUUUAGGGCCAAUCACCAUUUGGUUUGCAACUUCCUUAGUUUAUUUAUCAGUACCGCAGAAGGUGUGACGUGGUAUGUAAUUGUCAGAUGUACGGGCAAUAUAUAUAUUGCUUGUGA